CCAUUCUGAGACGUUGUUACGAUUAAAAAGAUCUUUAAGGUUGAAAGUAAAGACGUUGAGUACGUAAGUUUCAAUUCGAGUUCUACCUCUCCGGGCCGCCAGAUUUUUUCCUCCUACUGAACCAGUACUGAACUACAAUGGCUGCCCAGAAGCGCGCUCUUGAUGACUCUUCUUCCACACACAAAACUAAGAAGCCCAAGAUCUCACAACAACCCGAGAACACUCAACCGGUUUCUGCAACCACGAAUUUGACUGCAGAUGAAGUCGAUUUUCCACGAGGAGGUGGGACAAGUUUCACACCAUUAGAAGUUAAAAGCAUCAGGGCGGAGGCGAUGAAGGAGGCUCAUGAGGAGCUCUUCAAUGAAUCCGAAAUAGCAGCUAGAAAGGGAAAAAAAUCUAAACGAAAGUCCGAAGCCGCUGCCUCCUCCAAAAAGUCUUCCCAAAAGGUCGAACAUGCUGCACGGAUUGAGCAUUUGAACUAUAAAGUGCGUAGACAUAUGUGCUACAUUCAAUAUGAUGCUGAAGUCACACAGCGAAUGAGUGUCGGAAUGAAAAUUUUCGGUCAAAUAAUAGCUAUACAGCCCCUCGCACUCAUCGUAUCUCUGCCUAAUCAACUACUAGGCCACGUUCCAAUCACCAAUAUUUCCUCCCAACUCACCACUUUACUCGAACGCAUGGACGUUGAUGAGGACGAAGAUGCGAAAGAGUCUGAGUCUGAGGAUGAAGAAGAAGCUGAGUCUCGUUCUAAAGUCCCUGAACUUUCCGACUUUUUCCAUAAUGGACAAUAUGUACGUGCCACAGUGACUACUCUUCACGUACCUGGUUCCACGGAUGUGACCGGACUUGGGAAAUCUCGGGAUGAGACCAUCAGGGCUAGUCGAAGGGUAGAGCUUAGCUUGACUCCGGAGCGAGUAAAUGCUGGAGUACAGAAAUCCGAUCUCAAAGCGGGAUAUACUUUGUCCACCUCCGUCAAGAGUAUUGAAGACCAUGGUUAUCUUCUCGACCUUGGCAUACCGGAUAUAUCUGGAUUCUUGGCUUUCAAAGAUGUUGAAGCAGAGCUCCUAGGCAAACUGCAAAUUGGACAGCUUCUGGAUGCAACCAUCUCGUCCAUUUCUAAAAACGGACGGACUUGCAAUGUCACCGUCAAUCCACAGGCAUUCGUCUCAUCGACGGUGAGAGCCCCAAACACAUGCCCUACCUCUUCGAGAUUGAUCAAUAUACUGCAGCUUACUGAAGUCAAUCAUGUGUCUUCAGUCUUGCCGGGUACUUUGGUGCAAACACUAAUCACGGCUGUGCAUCCUACAGGAAUCAAUCUCCAACUGUUGGGUUUUUUCGAUGGGACUGUCGACGAGUUUCAUUUACCGCGCAGAAUGACGGAGAAAAGUCUGAAAAUCGGUCUAAAGGUUAAAGCGCGAGUAUUAUAUUAUCUGCCGUCUGCGCCGCCCAAACUCGCUCUGAGUCUCAACGAACAUGUUGUUCGGUUGACUAGCCGUGACGUUAUUCCACAAGGCUCAGAUACGCAUUUUCCAAUGCAGGAGAUUUAUCCUAUCGGAACUUUGGUGAACGACGUGAAAGUCUUGAGAGUAGAAGCAGAGCGUGGUUUGACCGUACGAUUGGACUCCGGGGUCGAUGGCUUUGUGCAUAUUUCUCAUAUUUCGGACGAACAUUUACUGUCUGUAUCGAAUUCUGGCCCGUGGAAACCUGGCUCUUUGCACCGCGCAAGAGUGCUAGGUUACUAUUCAUUUGACGGUCUUCUCCAACUGUCGCUGAAACCAUCUGUCUUGGCACGUAAACAUCUUCAAGUUACGGAUGUCCACGUCGGUGAAAUCAUCAAGGGCGUGAUCAAAAAUCUCAAUGAUUCUGGAUUAUUUGUUUCCUUGUCCGAAACUGUCGACGGUGUGGUGUGGCCAAAUCACUUCGCAGAUAUCAGAUUAAAGAAUCCGUCAAAAAGGUUCAAGAUUGGUGCUACCAUCAAAUGUCGAGUUCUUGUCGUAGAUGCAGAGCGAAAUCGAGUCUCUUUGACCGCCAAGAAGUCGCUGAUUGAAUCGGACCUCCCCCGGAUCACUGCUUUUGAGCAUGCUAAAAUCGGUGUGGUGGCACUUGGAGUCAUCUUUAAAGUGCUACCAAAGGCUUUGAUGAUCGAAUUUUACAACAACGUGAAGGCAAUCGUUCCUAUCAAGGAAGUUAGCGAGGAACCUGUGGAAAACCUCUCUUCAUUAUAUACCCCUGGAAAGGUAGUCAAGAUCCGCAUCAUAGCCUUGAAACCCGAAGAAAAAACUAUAAUAGCCAGUAUUCGCAAAUCCGGAGCUGUUUACAAACCGUUCAGUCCAGACAUUUCCGGCGUUGAAAUUGGAAACAUAGUGCAAGGUGUUGUUUUCGAAAUUCACAAGGAGAAUGCUGUUCUAGCUCUUCAACCCAGCAACGUCCGAGCGCUGAUUUCAAUCAAUAACCUGGCGAACCAUCGCGGCAUCUCAGCUGCUCAACUCAAAGUUGCCUUAAAGGCAGGCGAUAAGUUAGAAGCUUUGGUGGUGGUAUCACGGAAUACCGAGAACAACUUUGUCAUCGUAGCCAACAAACCAAGACUAAAGCUCUCUCUUGCCAAAAGCGUCAUCUCAUUGGAUACUGUUGAGAGCGGUCAGUCUGUGGGUGGUAGAGUGGUUCGCCACACGGCGUAUGGAGUUCUCGUCAAGCUGUCUUCCCAUAUUGGCGGCGUUUUAUACCCUACCGAUGUCUCUGAUGAUUUUGGGUCUGCUACACCUUUUCCCGCCAUGGAUGCAAUCCUGAAAGCGGUAGUAGUUUCGGUUGACCAGGAUAGGAAGCAGUUGAUCCUUUCCACACGGCGUUCGAGGAUGUACCCUGAUCAAGCCAGUAAAGUUGUGGAUCGUGAAAUAACCCAAAUUUCGGAUCUGCAUGUUGGCGCAAAAGUACGAGGCUUCAUUAAAAGUAUUACAGAUCAUGGGUUGUUCAUCACUAUCGGUCGGAACAUUGACGCUCGAGUGCAAAUUCGAGAAUUGUUCGAUGAUUUUGUAAAAGACUGGAAACCCAGAUUCGAACUACAUCAACUUGUACAAGGUCGCAUCUUAAGUGCGGAAGCUGAUACCAAGAAAGUGGAAAUGACACUCCGCUCCGGAGAUUUGUCGAAGCCUGUUGCUUUGACCUUCUCCGCCCUUGCCCCUGGUCAGCAUGUAGACGGUGUUGUGAAGAGGAUAGAGGAAUAUGGUUUAUUUAUCCAGAUUGACAACUCGAAAUUAAGCGGUCUCUGCCACAAGUCUCAGCUUUCCGACAAUAAGGAUGCAGACUUUGCCGUUGCACUUCGCGGUUUCCGAGAAAAUGACCGAGUUAAGGCUGUCAUCGUCGAAAUCAAAGACAAACGGAUAUCUCUCAGCUUAAAGCCCUCCCGCUUUGCCGUGGAAGAUACUGAUGACCCACAGGCUAACGAUCAACCUAUCGACGAACUUGAUGGUGUGGAUGUCCAAUCUUCGCGCAGUGAGGCCGGGGAUGAGGAUUCAUCCGAUGACGAUGAGAGUGUAAUGAGAGUUGACGUAAAUACUCAGCCUCAACUGCAGCAUUCCUAUGCAACGGGUAAAUCCUCAAAUGCUCCACUCAAGCUUUCCGAUUAUCAAUGGUUUGGCGACACUGUCGACGUUGAUGCCUCACACUCCCAUGAAUCCGAUGACAGCGAUGAUGAAGCACCUUCGAAAAAGAAGAAAAAACGCAAAGAGAUUGAACAGGAUUUGACCGCUCAGAUGCAUUCUAAAGCCCCUGAGUCCAGCGCGGAUUUCGAACGCUUACUCCUCGGCUCCCCAAAUUCAUCGUAUCUUUGGAUACAAUACAUGUCGUUCCAGCUACAGCUUUCUGAGAUCGAAAAAGCACGAGAGAUUGGGCGUCGUGCGCUGGAUAAAAUCAGUUUUAGAGAGGAGGCGGAGAAACUCAAUGUUUGGGUUGCUCUUCUCAAUCUUGAGAAUGCUUAUGGAAUUGACGAAACACUGGAGAAAGUAUUCAAAGAUGCCGCCCGAGCGAAUGAUUCGAAAACUGUUCACUUACGACUUGCCUCCAUCCUUGAUCAGUCAGACAAACACAAAAAAGCAGAGGAACAAUAUAAACGGACAUGCAAAAAGUUCGGUCUGAGCUCGAAAGUUUGGACCUCGUUUGCAGAACACUAUAUACAAAGAGGGGAAAUCGAAGAAUCCAGAAAGCUCUUGCCUCGUGCAUUACAAAGCCUGGAAAAGCGAAAACACCUGAAGACUAUUUCUCGAUUUGCCCAGCUAGAAUACAAGUUUGGCGAGCCCGAAAGAGGUAAAACUCUUUUUGAAGGGAUUGUCGACUCCCAUCCCAAACGCUGGGAUAUGUGGUCAAUAUAUAUGGAUAUGGAAGCACGUCGAUCUGACAUCCAAGGUUUGAGGUAAAAUAUCUGCAUACCGUAUAUAUUCGUUUGCUCAGCCC